ACCACACACGGGUUUCGAGCCCCGCGCCAGGAACAUGCGUUCGCACAUGUGAUCUGUGCGCUUCGCUCGGGACUGAACCGCAAGGCUGCUUUACGCACGGAUCCCUUCGAAUAUUCAGAGAUGAUGCACCGUACUGUGAAAGCAUGCUGGGAGAUCUUUCAAAGCGAGCCUCUAAACCAGAGGAUGAUCGUCAUGUUGCGCACACUGCACAACUCAGCAUCUGGUGAGUCGUUCGGGAUCUCUGCGUCCGGAGAGCAGGCAGUGCCCGGAGGUCCGGCGGCACCGGGGAAUGUCAAAACCAGAAUCAAGACCCUGAAGGAGAUGCCUGGACCCAGCACCAUAGCCAACUUGAUUGAAUUAUUUUGGAGGGACGGAUUUAGUAGAAUUCAUGAAAUACAGAUGGAACACAGAAAGAAGUAUGGGAAAAUUUUCAAAUCCUGCUUUGGAACACAUCUGGUUGUGUCGAUUGCAGACCAUGAGCUGGUGGCUCAGGUGCUGAGGUCAGAGGGCGUGGCCCCUCAGAGAGCCAACAUGAAGUCUUGGAAGGAAUACAGAGAUAUGAGGGGCCAUUCCACAGGCCUCAUCUCAGCAGAAGGAGAAGACUGGCUGAAGAUGCGAAGUGUCCUCAGACAGCUGGUCAUGCGUCCCCGUGACGUAGCUGUGUACUCUGAUGAUGUAAACAAAGUGGUAGAUGACCUCAUUGAGAGAGUACGUGUUCUACGGAGCCAAGAGGCCGACGGAGUGACUGUCCUGAAUGUGAAUGAUCUCUUCUUCAAAUAUGCCAUGGAGGGUAUAGCAACAAUUUUGUAUGAGCAUCGACUCGGCUGUUUGGCAAAUGAGAUUCCUCAGGAAACUAAAGAUUAUAUCAAUGCACUGCAUCUCAUGUUCAGCUCCUUCAAGACAACUAUGUAUGCUGGAGCAACCCCUAAGUGGCUGCGACCCAUCAUCCCCAAACCGUGGUGGGAGUUCUGUCUGUCCUGGGACGGCCUCUUCAAAUUCAGUCAUAUUCAUGUUGGCAAGAGGCUCCAGGAGAUCAAGGCCCAGCUGGAGGUUGGAGAGGAGGUGCAGGGGGGUCUGCUCACACACAUGCUCGUUACCAAGGAGAUGAACAUCGAGGAGAUCUACGCAAACGUAACAGAGAUGCUGCUGGCAGGGGUAGACACGACAUCCUUUACUCUUUCGUGGGCCAGCUACCUGUUAGCGCGCCACCCUCAUAUACAGCAGGAAAUUUUUAUGGAGGUGAUGAGGACUUUGGGACCAGAAAGAGUCCCGACAGCAGAUGACAUCCCAGACCUGCCUCUGAUCAGAGGUCUGGUUAAAGAGACUCUCAGGCUGUUUCCAGUUCUCCCAGGCAACGGGCGGAUUACCCAGGAUGACUUGGUGGUGGGUGGAUACUUCAUCCCCAAAGGGACUCAGUUGGCCCUGUGUCACUACUCUACGUCACUGGAUGAGGAGUGUUUCGUUCAUGCUUCAGACUUUAGACCAGAACGCUGGGUUCGGAAACAUACCGUGGAUCAUGUCGAGAACUUUGGCUCAAUUCCAUUUGGCUACGGCAUCAGAAGCUGCAUCGGCAAGAGAAUAGCAGAGUUAGAGAUGCACUUAGCUGUCACAAGGCUCAUUCAGAAGUUCCACAUCGGCAUGUCUGAGCUCACCGGUGACGUCAAAGCCAAAACGCACGGCCUGCUCUGCCCUGCUGCCCCCAUCCAUCUGCAGUUUAUUGACAGACAAAACUAGGUGCAAACUCACUUUUAAACUUCAAUGUAUUGUAUGUUGUGUUUAGGCGAAAUCACGAUGAGGCGGUUUUUAGUAACGCUAUGCAGCAUGUCGUGUCUUCUGGUGAUAAACUGUAAAUACUGAGAUUUUACUCAGGUAAGAAAUCUGAGGCACUUUUGGGUGACAAAGAUAGGACUGGACCAAUAAUACGAAAACAAAAUCUGUUUACUUUUGAAUGUGGUGUGUGUAUAGGUUGUGCACUGCAGGCUGUUGUUCUAUCCAUUCAUCUGACUGAAAAAAUGAACAGUCAUCAAAACACCUGCUCUAAGUGCGUAUACAAUUUUAUUCCAUCAUCAAACGGAGUUAUUUCAUGUGUUUGAGAAUGUAAUUCAUGGAGAAUGUUGAAAAGUCAACUUGAAUGUACUGAAAUGGCAUUGUAAAAAGUGUGCAAAUUUUAUUUCAUGAUUUGAUGAUUUUUUUAAGUGCAAGAUAUUUUUUCAUAGGUUGCAUCAGUUUUAGCCUUGAACAUGAAAUCACUGAGUCAGAUUCUGUAAUUGUAUUUUUUUUUUGUAGUUGUACUGUUAAAUAGGGAAGGAUGAGGUCAUGUGAUCACCACAGUGCGUUUGCUGUUUUGUUUGUUGUUUAUUGUAUGUGGUAACUCAAGAGGACAGGUUUUGAGGAAGUCGUAGGAACAGAAGAAAGAUUGAGACAUUCAUAUUUUAUACAUUCUACUCUUUGCUCUCUCCCUCUCGCUCUGUUUU